ACGCGUCGAACAGGGAAGGCGCAAGGUGUGAGCACUAGCGCGGCUUGGCUGUAAACAAAAGUGGGCCACAAACUCAUGAGGUCAUCUCGUUUUCGUUUACGCACUCAUCCUUCGUUGCUCGCUCUCAGUCUCUGCCACGAUUGUCCCCAACACGAGUUCGCACAAGAUGCUGGUCCCUCGCGCGUCCCUUGAUCUGGCGCUUCCUCUCGUCAAGGCGCUCCCAGAAUGCGCAGAUUUCAGCACAACCGUGCUGCCAUACCUGCCACAGCUCUACGACCUACCGUAUAGGAUCAUCGAGAGCAUCAAUGAUCGGCAGGCAUUGCUGAACAUCUACGUCUCAACAAACCCGCUGAUGCUGGGCUUGGCAUUCGCGCUGUUCAUGACGCCCGUUGUCCUUCUGGUUUCUGAGAUCAACCGCAACUAUUCACAGGUUGAUCGCCUAUGGAGCAUCCUUCCUGUCAUCUACAACGUACAUUACGAUGUCUGGGCACAUUUGAACGGCCUGCCAGCUGCAAAGAUCGAUCACAUCAUGGCCGUGUCAGUCAUCUGGGGGGCACGUCUGACGUUCAACUACUGGCGAAAGGGCGGGUACCAAGUAGGAAGCGAGGACUACAGGUGGUGCAUUGUAAAAGAUUACGUCGGCCCCGUCCCCAUGUUCAUCUUCAACAUUGUCUUCAUUUCGCUAGCUCAGAAUAUUCUCCUCUGGAUCAUCACAGCGCCAACCUACGUCCUCCUCCUCACGUCGCGCAUCACCGGGAACACACUGUCUGCCUAUGACAACGUCUUCAGCAAGGCUAUGUUUUUCGUUGUUGUCAUCGAGUUCUUCGCCGAUCAACAGCAAUGGGUAUUCCACAAGGCCAAGAGCGCUUACAACAAGACUGCCAAAGUCCCGGGUGAUUACAAAUAUUCUCGCGAGCAGCUUGACCGCGGCUUCAAUACCAGUGGAUUGUGGGCGUGGUCGCGCCAUCCCAACUUUGCUGCUGAACAAGCCUUCUGGGUAGCACUGUACCAGUGGUGCUGCAUGGAGAGUUACACUUUCACAAAUUGGACAUUUGCCGGUGCAUUCUCCUAUUUGAUCCUGUUCCAGUCAAGCACAUGGUUGACCGAGAUGCUCAGCGCAGGCAAAUACCCCGAAUAUAAGGUCUACCAGGAGCGCGUUGGCAAGUUUCUCCCGAAGCUGUCUACGCAAAGUAUGGAGGCACCAAAGACCGAGAAGGAGGCAGCAAAAGUGAAGGAUGCCAAGAGUAAAGCGGCUAAGGGAAAGAAGAUUUAGACGAAUAGCCCAUUUGCACAGAGCAGUGCUGGCUUUUCGCAGCAUUGUGAUGCGUGUCUGUGCCAUGCAGUGACAUUAACUAUCAACAUGCACUGAACAUGUGUGCUCGCUUCUGCGUACUCUCGUGCCGCGAGGGAUGAAGGAAUGGAAGCGCGGUGGGUGCUAUACUCGAGUAGGAAAAUGAGCA